CUUCUGAAAAUGAAAGAAGCUGCUUUAAUUUAUCUUGACAGGAGUGGUGGUCUUCAGAAAUUUGUUAAUGACUGCAAAUCAUAUGGUAAUGAAUCUAGCCAAGGUUGCGCUGUUUUCCGGUUUCUUAUUUUGAUAAACCCAUCUGAUAUUAUUGAGUUGGAUGCUACUCUUGGAAAUUAUAUUUUGCAUCAACCUGUGAAGGGUACUCAGAUUUUUCAGUCAGUAUGUUUUACUGCAGUUAAAACAUUGUCAUUAAUUCAACAAUUAGAGACUGAAGCUCAGAUGAACAUAAUUCUGAAACUAACACAUUUACCUUCCUUGCCCUGUUACAUUCUCAGUCUUUGCAAAUUUCCAUUUGAUUAUACUACUCAGAGGUUUUAUGUGGCAGAGGGAAUAGUGGUUGCAAUGAGUAUCAUAACAAAGUACACACAGGGAGCAAGAUUUGUUUGUUCUGAAGAGACAUGUCAGUUUUCUGAAGGGUUUCAGUAUAUAAGAGUACAUACUGCCGGAGCUACAGAAUCUGCAACACUAAGAAAUGAUUUUGCAUGCAGCUUAUGUAUGUCACCACUGAAAGAAGACAAGAAAUAUCGAGUACUUGGUGAUAAACAAGUGGUUGAAAUGAUUGACUCUAAAGCAGUUAGUGUAUUACAGGGAUUUUCCGGAAAUAAAACACAUUUCAGAUUUCAAUCAUUUACAGUGCUUCUAAGAGAUGAAUUAGCCAAUAAAAUGAAAAUGGGAAAUCAAUAUAAAGUUAUAGGAAUUCCAGUCUAUAUGCAAAGCUGCUUACAAGCCACAAUUUGUCUUGAAGCUAACAACAUAUAUCCUUCUAAUUUUACAGGGCCUUCUUGUAUCAGUGAAAAAUUUAAGUACCUGCUUUCUUUGACUUCAAAUUCAUGUUGGAAAUUUACAGCGCUUCUGGCUGAAAGCUUUGCUUCAAAAGUUCUUCCAUCGGGCAUUUAUAAUACUCUGAAAUUGGCUAUAUUGUUGAGCUUAGUACAAACUAUUGAUGGAGAUGACAAAACAGCAGACUACUUAGAUCUUCUGGUAAUAACAAAUGAUUCUCUUAUACUGGAGAGAAUUAUGAAUUAUAGUAUAUGUCUUGUGCCCCGAGGGAUUCGGCACUUUUCAUCCAGUGAAGUUUUUCCAACUGUAUCAAAAGAUAAACAUGGGACCGGAACUGCUAUUAUUCAGGCUGGUAGUGCUUUAAUGGCUAAAAAUGGAAUAUGCUUCAUUGGAGAGCUGACUUCAUAUAAGAAAGAGAAACUUGAACAACUACAAGCAGCACUAGAGAGCAGGACAAUUACUAAAUUCAUUCCAGGAAAGAAAUAUGGAGAAACUACUGAUCAGCAAGUUAUUUUUCCAAUUCAAACAAGUUUCUGGUCAUUUAUUGAUGUGGAUUCAUCUUCAAAAAAGCAUAUACAACUGGAUAAUACUGUAAUUGGUCAGUUGGACUUAAGCUUGAUUUCAGCUACUCUUAUAGAUGCAUUUGGACUGUUGAUAUACUGCAAUGAAGCAUCAUGUUGUCAUUCUCCAUUUCCUGUUACGAAUUUCAUUUUAAAAAAAUCUAUUAAUUCAGAAGAGAUUUAUUCUAUCGCCCAACAAUUUCAAACCCAAGAUUAUGAGGAAUUUCUUGCUUUUUCAAAGAAUUUGCAUGUAGAAUUAUGUCCAGAAGCAGAAAGAUUAAUUCAUGGCUACUAUCUAGCAAGUCGAAGAGUCAGAUCACAACUCAUGAAUGGACCUAAUCUCUCAGCAACUUCACUAAAAAUCUUGUAAGUUGACACCUGCAAAGUAAAUACUGAAUCACUGCAGUUGGUAGGUUAGUAACAUAGUUGUUGUUAAGUGAAUUUCCCUACUGACUUUGCUUGUCAGAAAGUUGCAAAAGGUGAUC